AUGAGUAAUGAGGAGUACAUUAUUGAUAACUUAAUUACAGAAGCUCGUUUCUUUAUUGAUCAUAAGGAUGAUAAUGAAACAUUUCUAAGUCAGGGAUAAGAUUGUAUAGAUAAGAUCAACUAAAUACUAAAGAAAAAUAUUAGGUAUUCAAAAUAUGUAAAUAAAACAGAUCCUCGUUUUUAGAUAUUUCUUAAGAAGUAAUCAUAAAGUAUUGUGAGGCUUGUCUUGUUGUACCAGAUAAAGAACAUAUAGCUCAAUAAUAUAUAGAUCUUUAUUUUUAACGCAACUCUUCUUAGGGACAGUUUUACAUUAGAGCUUUGUUCAUAAAAGCUAGACUUAUAUCUAUGAAUGGUCAUGAUAGACUAUUGAAAGCAGAAGACAUGAUCAAAAAUUUGAAAUUGUCAUUAACAUUUGUUUAAUAAGGAUUAGAUAUUAUUUCUAAACCAGAAAAUAAAUAAAAAUAUGGAUUUCUUAUUUAUAAUGCUUCCAUUUGUGUUUAUAAUAUUAUUAGACCUAUGCUUAAACCAUAAUGGUAAUUAUCAUUUGUUGAUAUUUUGGAUAAAAUAGAUAGAAUGUUUGAAGAAGUAGAUGAAGCAGAUUAUGAUUGGAGAUGUAGAUUUACUUGGCUUUUAUUUUAUUGUUUAUAUGAUGAUAGGAAAGCUGAUUCAUUUAAAUUAUUAGAUAAACUAUGGGAAACAACAAAAAAGAAAGGAGAUUGUGAUUUUUAGAAUUCACUAUUAAGAUUAAGAAUACAUAUUGGUAAGGAAUAUAAAUAAGCAUUGGAUUCAGCAUUUAAGGAAUCAGAAUCUGCUCCAUCAGAGAAAGCUUGGAAAUCAUUAUUUAUGCUUUAGAAAAUGAGAAGUGGUUUGAUUCCUGAAGCUUAAGUUGAAAAGGAAUUAAUAAAUCUAAUCAAUUCUAUUUCAAGUGCUGUAUUACCUGGAAAUGAAGUAGCAGCUACUAAUAAGUUAGCACCAGUAUUUUAAGAAAGAUUGGCUGAAUCAGGAAGAGUAGCACUACAAUAUAAUUUAGUAAAUAUAGCUGAUUCAAUUACUGCAUUUUUGAGUAGAGUUAGAUAACUACAUUAAAAGGCCUACAUUUUACAUGAAUAUAAUAAGGCAGAAUUAUUCAUAAAGAAAGCAGGUCCAUUAAUUGAUAAUAAGACAGGAAUGAGAUUGAAUUCUUUAUAAAUUAAAAUGCAAGAAGUUGAAAGAAGAAUAGAAGCAUUAAAAACUAUGGAGAAAGUUAUGGUAACAAAUAAAAAAUUAAAUGAUCCUGAUCUCAUUUUUGAAGGAGCUGUAUUAAUUUGGAAUAUAUCAUUACCAUUUUUAAAUGCUUAAUAUAGAAUUCAUGUAUAUAAGGCAUUUUCUAUGGCUUGUUAACUAUUAGAACAAUUAUAAUGUGUAGAUCAUGCAUUAAGAGUCAAUUUCCAUAUUGAAUUAGCAAAGAGUGAUUUAUAAGAGGAUUUAGCUGUGAAAGCAGAAUAACAUAUAAAAAAAGCAUUACAAUUAGAUUAUAGUGUACCAUUAGGGAAAGUGCAAUUUAAAUAUGAUGAGGGUGAAGAUUUAGGUUUAUAUUAAAGACCUUAUGAUAAAUAUCUAAGGAAUUUAGAAGAAAAGAUUAGAUUAAAAUUAAAUAUUUAUUAAGAACCUAAAAAUGAUAUUGAAAGAGUAAUUACUUAAUUAGAGAAUGUAUAAGCAGCUAAAUCUGAAAAUUUAAGAAUAGAUAUUUUAUAGAAAUGUUUGGGAACUAUUGUUAAUUUGUAAGAAUAGGAAUAUUGGUAUGAUACUAAAUUAGAUUUAGUUGAAGAAGAAUAAAAUAGAGAAAAAGUAUUAAAAAAAUAAGAAAAUUUAUAUUAAUUUAAAUAAAAGAAAUUAUUAGCAGCUGAAAUUGCUAGAUUAGCAUUUGAAUGGGAAUUUAAUGAUUUAGCAUUUAAAGCUUGUGAAUUUGUAUGUAAUGAUACUUGGGACGUAAAAAAUGCAUCUGAAAUGAUACUUGCUCAAGUAGAAUGUUAAUAUAGAAUGGCAUAAAUGAUUAUAGAUAAUUUAAUUAAAGAUAAUUUUGAAAUACCUUUUGCUGAUCCUAUUAGAGUAGAAGAGAAUGAAAAUAUAGAAGAAUUAAGUUAAGAAAAAAAAGAUUAAGUAUUAUCUUUAAAAAGAAAAAUGUGCNUAUUUCAAGUGCUGUAUUACCUGGAAAUGAAGUAGCAGCUACUAAUAAGUUAGCACCAGUAUUUUAAGAAAGAUUGGCUGAAUCAGGAAGAGUAGCAUUACAAUAUAAUUUAGUAAAUAUAGCUGAUUCAAUUACUGCAUUUUUGAGUAGAGUUAGAUAACUACAUUAAAAGGCCUACAUUUUACAUGAAUAUAAUAAGGCAGAAUUAUUCAUAAAGAAAGCAGGUCCAUUAAUUGAUAAUAAGACAGGAAUGAGAUUGAAUUCUUUAUAAAUUAAAAUGCAAGAAGUUGAAAGAAGAAUAGAAGCAUUAAAAACUAUGGAGAAAGUUAUGGUAACAAAUAAAAAAUUAAAUGAUCCUGAUCUCAUUUUUGAAGGAGCUGUAUUAAUUUGGAAUAUAUCAUUACCAUUUUUAAAUGCUUAAUAUAGAAUUCAUGUAUAUAAGGCAUUUUCUAUGGCUUGUUAACUAUUAGAACAAUUAUAAUGUGUAGAUCAUGCAUUAAGAGUCAAUUUCCAUAUUGAAUUAGCAAAGAGUGAUUUAUAAGAGGAUUUAGCUGUGAAAGCAGAAUAACAUAUAAAAAAAGCAUUACAAUUAGAUUAUAGUGUACCAUUAGGGAAAGUGCAAUUUAAAUAUGAUGAGGGUGAAGAUUUAGGUUUAUAUUAAAGACCUUAUGAUAAAUAUCUAAGGAAUUUAGAAGAAAAGAUUAGAUUAAAAUUAAAUAUUUAUUAAGAACCUAAAAAUGAUAUUGAAAGAGUAAUUACUUAAUUAGAGAAUGUAUAAGCAGCUAAAUCUGAAAAUUUAAGAAUAGAUAUUUUAUAGAAAUGUUUGGGAACUAUUGUUAAUUUGUAAGAAUAGGAAUAUUGGUAUGAUACUAAAUUAGAUUUAGUUGAAGAAGAAUAAAAUAGAGAAAAAGUAUUAAAAAAAUAAGAAAAUUUAUAUUAAUUUAAAUAAAAGAAAUUAUUAGCAGCUGAAAUUGCUAGAUUAGCAUUUGAAUGGGAAUUUAAUGAUUUAGCAUUUAAAGCUUGUGAAUUUGUAUGUAAUGAUACUUGGGACGUAAAAAAUGCAUCUGAAAUGAUACUUGCUCAAGUAGAAUGUUAAUAUAGAAUGGCAUAAAUGAUUAUAGAUAAUUUAAUUAAAGAUAAUUUUGAAAUACCAUUUGCUGAUCCUAUUAGAGUAGAAGAGAAUGAAAAUAUAGAAGAAUUAAGUUAAGAAAAAAAAGAUUAAGUAUUAUCUUUAAAAAGAAAAAUGUGUUCUAAUUUUGUUAAAGGUUUAAAAUUAGCAGAUUCUAUCAAAUAAACUUGGUUAGUAUUUAAUGGAGCUAUAUAUAUUUGGAAUAAUUUUCUUACAAUAUUCCGUAAUCCUAUUAAUGAUAGCAAAUUGUUACCAGAAAUUACAAAUUUAUUGAAAGAAUUCUUUGAAAUAAUGAAGAAUUCUUUAAAAGAAAUUGAAAAAAAAUUAAUAAAUGAUUAUGAUAUUGAUACAAAGAUUUAAGUAUUAGCUAAUAUAGGUUUAGUGUAUGCAAGAUUAAUGGAAGGGAAAUCUUAAUAUGAUGAAGUUAUGAGAGUUUGCGAAGCUCUUCUUUUGACUCCUUUAUCACCUCACACUCGUAAAUUGAUUAAUUCAAUUAAAGCAAGAGUGUCUGGAACAGCUAAAACUAAUGCAGCUAAACCUGGAACUUAAUAAGAUAAAAAAGGUACUAAAUAACCAUAAUAAUCAUCAUCUGAUAGUGUUAUUUUUGAUGUUGUUUCAUAAUUAGAAAUUAUUUAAAAUUCAACCAAUAAAGCUUAAACAUAAGAUCUUAUUAAAAAAUGUUUUGAAACACUUGUUAGUUGGACAGCAAAAGAAAAUGAUGAAACUGAAUUAGAAUUACAUGCUGAAUUAUGGGCUAGAUUAGCAAGAUUAGCAUUAAAUGAAGAAACUAUUUUAAUGUAUAAAUAUUCAUUGAGAUGUGUAUAAUACUCUUUAUAAUUAUUAACAGCAGAUUUAUCAACUAUUCCAGCUUCUCGUUUGAGAUGGUAUUCUUUGGCUGAAUAUAUAUAUAGUGAAAAUCUAUUAAGAAUGCUUAAUUCAGAAACAUAAGAAACUGAAUCUUAAGAAUCAUUGUUAUUUUCAAGUUUAUUUCAUGCAAUUGAAGCUGCAAAUAAAGGAUUAAAGGCAGGUAUUAAUAGUUUAGUUUUGGAUGCAUCAAAAUAAGUUUGGAAUUUGUGUGCUAGAUUAGAAGAGAGUGCAUAAAAUAGAAAGCAUUUAAUUAAACCAGUAUAUUCAUGUUUAAAUUACUUAAANGGAACUAUUGUUAAUUUGUAAGAAUAGGAAUAUUGGUAUGAUACUAAAUUAGAUUUAGUUGAAGAAGAAUAAAAUAGAGAAAAAGUAUUAAAAAAAUAAGAAAAUUUAUAUUAAUUUAAAUAAAAGAAAUUAUUAGCAGCUGAAAUUGCUAGAUUAGCAUUUGAAUGGGAAUUUAAUGAUUUAGCAUUUAAAGCUUGUGAAUUUGUAUGUAAUGAUACUUGGGACGUAAAAAAUGCAUCUGAAAUGAUACUUGCUCAAGUAGAAUGUUAAUAUAGAAUGGCAUAAAUGAUUAUAGAUAAUUUAAUUAAAGAUAAUUUUGAAAUACCAUUUGCUGAUCCUAUUAGAGUAGAAGAGAAUGAAAAUAUAGAAGAAUUAAGUUAAGAAAAAAAAGAUUAAGUAUUAUCUUUAAAAAGAAAAAUGUGUUCUAAUUUUGUUAAAGGUUUAAAAUUAGCAGAUUCUAUCAAAUAAACUUGGUUAGUAUUUAAUGGAGCUAUAUAUAUUUGGAAUAAUUUUCUUACAAUAUUCCGUAAUCCUAUUAAUGAUAGCAAAUUGUUACCAGAAAUUACAAAUUUAUUGAAAGAAUUCUUUGAAAUAAUGAAGAAUUCUUUAAAAGAAAUUGAAAAAAAAUUAAUAAAUGAUUAUGAUAUUGAUACAAAGAUUUAAGUAUUAGCUAAUAUAGGUUUAGUGUAUGCAAGAUUAAUGGAAGGGAAAUCUUAAUAUGAUGAAGUUAUGAGAGUUUGCGAAGCUCUUCUUUUGACUCCUUUAUCACCUCACACUCGUAAAUUGAUUAAUUCAAUUAAAGCAAGAGUGUCUGGAACAGCUAAAACUAAUGCAGCUAAACCUGGAACUUAAUAAGAUAAAAAAGGUACUAAAUAACCAUAAUAAUCAUCAUCUGAUAGUGUUAUUUUUGAUGUUGUUUCAUAAUUAGAAAUUAUUUAAAAUUCAACCAAUAAAGCUUAAACAUAAGAUCUUAUUAAAAAAUGUUUUGAAACACUUGUUAGUUGGACAGCAAAAGAAAAUGAUGAAACUGAAUUAGAAUUACAUGCUGAAUUAUGGGCUAGAUUAGCAAGAUUAGCAUUAAAUGAAGAAACUAUUUUAAUGUAUAAAUAUUCAUUGAGAUGUGUAUAAUACUCUUUAUAAUUAUUAACAGCAGAUUUAUCAACUAUUCCAGCUUCUCGUUUGAGAUGGUAUUCUUUGGCUGAAUAUAUAUAUAGUGAAAAUCUAUUAAGAAUGCUUAAUUCAGAAACAUAAGAAACUGAAUCUUAAGAAUCAUUGUUAUUUUCAAGUUUAUUUCAUGCAAUUGAAGCUGCAAAUAAAGGAUUAAAGGCAGGUAUUAAUAGUUUAGUUUUGGAUGCAUCAAAAUAAGUUUGGAAUUUGUGUGCUAGAUUAGAAGAGAGUGCAUAAAAUAGAAAGCAUUUAAUUAAACCAGUAUAUUCAUGUUUAAAUUACUUAAAAGAAUGUAAAGAAAAAAGUGAACCUGAUUUAGUAUUACUAUUAGCAUAAUUAUUAUUUAAAAGUGCAUUAGAAAAUGAAGAUUAUAAAUUAGGUGAAAUGGCAGCAGAUAUGGUAUUUGAAUUAGUACCUAAGAAUAUGUCAAAACCUAUAUGGGAAGCUAAAAUGAUUUUUAUGAGUAAAUAAGGUAAAAAUGAAUUAUAGGCUAUUGUAAAUAUGAAAGAAGCAGAUUCAUCAUUAUAAGCUAAAGUUUGGAUUAGAUUGGCAAGAGUAUCAAAUAAUCUUUAUAAAUAAUAUACAGCAUAUAAUAAAGCUAUUGAAUUAUUAAAGAAAGAUUCAUCUGUUGAAAUAGUUGAAGUAUUAAUAGAAUUUUCAGAAUGGUUAUUAAGAAAUGGUAAUGAAAAACAAUUGGUUAUAGAGAAUUUAAUGUAAGCUGCAGAUACAUUAAUAGAAAUUGAAAUGGAAGAAGAUGAAGAAGAAGAAGAAGGAGAUGAAGAAUAGAAUUCAUCAACUAUUUUUAGUAGAAGUACAAGAGGUAAAAAGUCUACAGUUUCUAAAUAAUCAAAACAAAAAUCUAAAAUGACUAAAAAAACUACUAAGAAUACUGUUAAGUAAAAUAAAAGCAAAGAAUAAAAGUCAUAAAUAUCAGGAUAGAAAUCAAGUAAUUAAAGAUUUUCAAGAGCUGCAAAUGUUAGAACUACAACAAUCAAAAGUAAUAAAUAAAAAUCAAAAAUAUUCAGACCAAGAGAAGAGGAAGCUAAUCCUAAUAGAUUGAAUUGUGCUCAUUAUGAAAGAUUAAUGAGAAUUCAUAUUAUGUUAGCUAUGAUUGCAGAUACAAUGGAAUAAUCUAUUUAAUAUGCAAUAGAUGCUAAAGUAUUCUUAAUUAAAAUGAUUGAAAUUUCAUUUUAAACUAUGAAUGAAUUUGAAGAGAAUGCUGCCAAAUACACUAAUAUUAUAGAUGAAAAAACAAGUAAAUAACAAUAAUAAUAACCAAAACCUUAAUAAUAAGAUGAUUUUUCACCUAGAUAUCUUUUACCAACUUGUAUUUAAGAUUGGAUUAAAUUAUAAUUUAGUAAAGAAUUCUUAGAAAGAGUUAAAAGUUAUGAAGAUUUUAAUUUUAUGGGUAAAUACUUAUUUGAUAAGGCUUAAUUAACAUAUACUUAUAUAAACAAUUUAAUAAGUAUUUUUGAAAAAUAUGGACUUUAAAUUCAUAGUGUUCCAAUUUUUGUUUUUUAGAAAUUUUUUGUUAAGGAAAUAUUAAAUAAUUCUUAUUUAGAUAGAUUAAUUGAUGUAAGAUUUAGUAAAUGUUUACAUUAAGUAGGAUUUCAUAAUGAAGCAGAAUAAAUGUAUUAAUAAUCUAAUAUUGUUAAAUUUAAAUUGACUGACCAAGAAAAAAAAUAAAUGCUUGCAAAAACUGAAUCUAGUGUUUUAUAAUAAAAUAGAUCAAGACCAGCUGACAUAAUGGAAUAAAAUCUUCCUUAGGCCAAUAUUAUUAGUGAAAUAUUUAUUUAUACUAUUCUUACUGAUUUAGGCAAUGAAUUAAUUUUUUAAGGGGAAAUAUAUAGAGCAAAAGAAUUAUUAGCUGAAUCUCAUAAACAUGCAAAGAUUGUUUCAGAUUUAGAGUUGAUGGGCAGAAUAUUAUGUCUUUAAGGAUAAAUUGCAUUUUUAGAAGGUGAAUUCAGAGAUUCUAUUGAAAAUCACAAGCUUUCUCAUAAAUUGAUUAAAAUUGUAAGUUAAUGGGAAGUUUCAUCUAUUGAAACAUAUAAAACGUUGUAUAAAUUAGGGAAAUAUGAUGAUAUUAGAUCAUUUUUAAAAUAAAUUACAGAAGUACUCUUGGAAGUCUUAAAUAAACCCAAUUAUUCACCAAAUAAAUUAUAGAUUUAUUAAACAUUAACAACUUUAUACAUUUUGUAAUCUAAAAUAUCAACAAAGGAUUUAUUUAAAGAAUUUUCCUAUGAAACAUUCAAAUAAAUUAUAGAUAAUUUAGAGAAAUCUUUAAAAUGUAUAUAACAUGGAGGAUUUAUGACACAUUAAAUGGAUUUGAUCUUAAAUUUAGUAAAUAAAAUACUUUUAUUUGUUCGAAAUAAAAAUUAUACUAAAAUUGAUCAAGUUGAAAUUUAUUUUAAAAUUAUUUAAAGGUUACAGAAUUCAAUACUAAAACCAUUAGAAUAAUAAAGUAGAUCUUUAUUAAAAUAUACACUCCUUAUUGAAAAAGAAUCAGAAUCAAUAAGAUCACCAAUUAUGGAUUUAUAAGCUAAAAUACGUGUAGUAAUGGCUUCUUGUUUUACUGAAAUGGGAUUGAUUAAGUGGCUACGAAAAUAGAUGUAAUUACCUGAUCUAUAAGGUUCUGAUGAUGACAAUAAUAAUGAUUAAGUAGAAGACAAGCCAAUCGAAUAAUUAAGCAAUUAUGAACCUCUUUAGAAAUUUUUAACAUAAUUAACUAUUAAAAUAUAGAGAGCAAUAUAGCCAUUACCUUAAAGAUUGGAGAGUUUUGAAAAAGCAACUGCUAUAUUAUUAUCUACUUUGAAAUAAUUGAAAAAAGAUUCAUUUUGGUAUACAAUAGCUGAAAUUGAAUUAGUAAGAGCAAAAAGAUAUCUAGCUAUAAGUAAAUAGUAAUUAGAUGAUGUAUGGGAAAUACCUAUCUAAGAACCAGAUUAAAUUGUUUAAUUAUAGUAAGAUGAUGACAAUUAAUUUGAUUAUAAGACUGAUGCCUUAUAAAGUGUGUUAAAAUUGAUAAAAGAAAUUGAAUCUAAAUCAUUUACAGUAUUGAAAACUAAAGGUGACAACACAACUAUUCCAUUAGAAUGGAGUAUAUUUGGAUUUAAGUAAAUGAACUUUUAUUUGAAAAUGCUUUAUGAAUCUGCUUUAGAUAUUUUAGGAAUUAAAAGUCCAGAAAUAUCUUAUGAUUAUUUAUGUAAGUUUUAACAUUUUGCAUUUUGUGAAUAAAUGUUUAAUAUGGUUAGGCAAUCAUUCUUUGGAAAGCAUAAAAUGAUAGUAUAUAUUAGAUUAAUCAAAAUGAUAAACUCUGUCUGUGGAUUUCUUAAUUAAGAUGCCAUUAAAUUAUUAACUGAAGCAAAUAAAUUAUGGGAUAAUUUAAUGAUAUUUCCAUUAACAGAACUUUAAGCUUAAUUAUAAUAGAGUGCUGGAUUUCUAAUUAUGUAAAUGAGUCAAAAUAAAACAUGUAUUUAUUUAGGAUAUUUACAUAAUACAAAAACUCCUGUUUACAAAGUUUAAAGAAUUCCACUUGAUUCUAAAACUCAUGAUUAAAUGAAUUAAAUGAAAGCUAAUUUAGAUUAGAUUAAAAAUAAUUUAAUUAAAACACCAAUAAUUUAAUAAUAAGAUUUCAUAAAAUUAGAGGAUGACAUGGAAAAGGAAUACACUAAAUUUUGUUAAGAUGUAGAAUAAUUCAUGAGUUUUAUACCUUAAUUGAUAGAUGAAAAUAUAAACACUUAAGAGGAAGUGCCUCCUCCUGUAAUUGAUCCAAAAGCACCUCCUCCUAAAAAAGAUUAAGGAAAGUAAACUAAAGGGAAACCAGGAAAGGAUGAGUUAGCUUUAUAUGAAUCUCCUUUGGAAUAAGCACCUGGUAAAAUUGACACUGUAGUUUUACUUAUAGAUCCAAAGUUCUUUGAUUAUCCUAUUGAAUAAUUAAGUGUAUUUUAGAAGAUAGUUGCAAUGUCAAGAGAUUUUAGUAUGGCUGUAUAUGUUAGAAGACUAAAAAGUGUUGGUUAUUAAGUUUAAUUAAAUAAUAGUUAAAAAGGAAUAGAAAAAGACAAGUUAAAAUAUCUUACAUAUGAUUUUAAGACAGAAGAUUAGGAUUUAAAUUUGGAUGAAUUUAAUUUACAAAAAACAUUAGGUGAAAUUUAAAAAACUACACCUUAAUUAAAAUUUGAAGGAGUAAUUAUAUUAUUUUAUAUAUUAUUUAGACAUUUUCUUAAAGUAGAUUAGCAUCAUUGGGAGAAUUGUAAAAAUAUGCUUAAACAGGUUCUUCUAUUUUCUGGUAUGGAUCUCCUGGAGUGUUAAACAUUUUAUCUUCAAAAGUAGUUGUUGACCUUUCUGAAAUUAAUACAUCUAAAUUUUGGGUAAUAUUUGAUAAGAUGAAUGCAAAAAAAAGUUUAAUUGAAAAGUUCUCAUCUUUAGAUCCAGAUGGUGAGAAGACUCACAUUUUAGAGUAGAAUUUCAAAAUAUCUGUAUUUUUGACUCUAAUUGAUGUAAGUACAAUUUUAACUACUUAAUGGUCACCAUAAAUUGUAGAAUUCUUAAAGGCUUUUGAAAAUUUGGUCAAAUAACUAACAGAAGAUAUUUAUGUAGCUGCAUGUUUGUAAAGAUAUAAGGUAUAGAAUACUUAUUAUUAUUUUUAGGCUCCAAUUAUAAAAUAUUAGGAUGAGAAUGGAAAUAUAAUUGACAAGAAACCAUAAUAAGUGGAAAUAAAGAAAGGUGGUAAGGUAGAACCUGUGUAAGAAACUUAAAAUCUGAAGGAGAUUCAAAUUGAUAAAAAGAGAAUCUAUACUCACAAUUUUAUAUUCGUAGGAUUGCCUAAUUUAAGACUGAUUUGAUUUAUUUUAUU